AUGUCUUCAGUAUCAUUGAACGACGUCGUUGGCGCGCUGAACGCAACCUUUGCGCAUCCCGAUGCACCACAAGCGCUCCCCGACGAACUGUCGCGCAUUCUCUCGGGCUAUUUCACCAAACCGAGAAAAGAAGGAGACGGACUACACGACGAACUACGCUCCGUCUUCCGCCAUCAUGUCGAAGCGUAUCCGAACAAGCUGCCUGCAUUCGUGGCUGUCUUGAAGACUCUACGUCCUGCCAUAACCGGCGACGACCACAUUGCUCUUUGGUUUCGGAAUGUCCUCGUACCGUUCGUCGACCAGCCGGCUCCCAGCCGAUCCGCCAUGUCGGACGCCCAGGAUUUUGUUGUCGACUCGCUCUGCUACGAUCCUGACAGCCCAGAUGCUCGCGACAAGGCCCGUACCGCUGUUCAUCUCAGCUCAGUCCUCCUCGAUGCAUUUGUCGCCCGUACAAGCUCUCGCCCCGAGAGCCCGUCUUUCCAAGCCCAGGACCACGCCGCUCGCCAACUACAGUUCAUGCUGAUCGCCUUUGCUCGUAAAACUCCACGUGAUUUCUUUGUUGCCGUCGAUGACUUCCUUCUAAAGCCAGAGACACGUCUGCAGGCUCUUGAUCUGCUCGCUGCCUUUCUGGAACAGCAGCACGCCCAUCUGCACUUGGUCUUGGACACAACUGUCGUCGAGCAUCUCCUCAAAUGUCUCAUGAACGACACAGCCACAGUUGUCGUCUCGGCUGCUCUGAGGUGUCUCAUCAUGCUUCUUCCACACAUACCCGUCACCGUGUCUUCUCAGCUUCCCAGGCUGUUCUUGGUCUAUAGUCGUUGCCUCUGUUGGGAAAAGUUUAGCGCUUCUAGUACGAAAGCUCAACGAGACCUUGUAACAGAUGAUCGCGUUCGUCGCGAUUCCGACUCCGAUGCUGACACUGAUCAUGACGACCAACUCGACCCUACCUGGCAAAUUCUGCGUGCCUUGCCCGAUAUGCCCGAGUCUUCCGCGCCCGAACUUUUGCAUUACUUCACUUACCUAUACGGCCUGUAUCCUCUCAAUUUCAUGACUUAUGUCAGGAAACCAAGAAAGUAUCUCAAAAACAUUGACUUUCCCGGCGCAGAUGAAUUCGACCUUGACCAAGCUGUUAUCAGAAGUCGCACCGAGCAGUUCCAGCGAGUCCACUUCUUGCACCCGGCCUUUUUCACUACCACCAUCGAAGAAGAGCUGGGCGAGAAUCGAUGGCUAAAAGCAGAGCCCUCGGAAGUCAUUGCAGAAUGUCAUGGCUUAUACGCUGGCGAGCAUCCUAUAUUCGAGAGUCCUGUCCCUCCUCCAUCAACCAAACUGCCCGCAGUCCCCAACUUCUUGACGUCCGCCUCGGAACCAACGCAUCUGGACAGUCCUACCUUGCCUCAUCACUUUGUCGAAAACUUCCCGGAUCCUGUCACUGAGCCAACAACCUCCAAGGACCUCUCAUACCUGCAACGAGAAUUGACACUAUUGCGCAAUGAAUUGACAUUCGAGCGCUACCUCAAACAACAGCACGUCGCUGCUAUUGGUCAGCUCAAACGCAACCACAUAAAGGCGGUUACUGUCGAGGCCGAAACAGCCACGUUGAUCAAUGCGAAUCGUGCUCUGCAAAAGAAAUUGAGCGAUUCCAACAAGUUCAAUGAAAAGAUGCAAAAGGAAACACAGGCUCGCAGAACCCACACAAAGCAAAGUGAAGAACAGCUUAUGGCAAAGAUUCGUGGUCUAAAGUCGGAGCUCGCAGAUCAAGAGACGCUACAGCUUCGUCUCACCCAGGCUUCCAAAGAUUGCGAUCAACUCCGUCAAUUGCUUGUGGAAAGUGAAGCUCGAGAAUCCAGCAAACAAGAGGAACUCGAAACGGUCGAAUCCCGUCUGAAGAAUCUAGAAAUGACCGACGAGCAGAGUUCAGAGCUCCAAAAGGAGAUCCGAGGCUAUCGUGACCAAGUAUUGGCGCUCGAAUCAAUCCGAGCAGAAUACGAACUGGCUAAACAGGAGCUUGAAAGCACCAAAUUCAUAUUGCAGCGUCGUGAGCAAGAACUCGAGAGGCUCAAAACUGCACAUGAAGCCAAAAUGCAAGAAUAUGAUCUACGUCUCAAGGAUGCUUCAGAAGGGUUGACGGCUGCAGAGCAACCGAAUCUUGCAGUCACUGCACAUCUUCACGAGCAACUCUCCGAGAGCCGUAUACGACUUGCGCAGACCAAAGCCGCUUACAGUCAACUUUUGGAAGAGUUCACGAAUUUACGUGAGUCCAGGGGAGCUGCUGAUGGAGGCUAUCCCAUUCCUAGCCGCUCUGUCGACCCUGGCUAUAUGAACCAGGAAGGCAGUGUCAGGAGCUACAGUCCAGCUGGCUCGCGUCGUGCUUUCUACACCGACCGUGGCGCAGAGAAUUUUGAACUGUUUGCCCCACACAUGGAGUUUGGAAGAACUGCUUCGCCCGUCUCAUCUUUGAACCAAAGCUACCCACCCGCACGUCCGUUGCGACCCGAAGCGUAUUCACAGCGAGGCAUUAACUCGAAUCCAAUGUCUCGAACUCAGGGUGCUUACUACGACGAACAUGCGCUGCAUCCAGCGGCCGCAUAUGGCGCGGCACGAUCGACUUUCGGAUCCGACCAUAGCUCGCCACCCCCAUCAUCACUAGGACAAGAAGGCAAUAGAAGUGUCUUCAGCUUCAACUCCGAGGCGUCAGCUGACCCCAGUAGAGAAGGCAGUAGGUCCAAGCCUGAGAUCCGUGUUUACGGACGUGGUGGUGCGCAAAAUAACAAAAAGAAGGACAAGAUCGAGAAGUCGGAAAAACCCGUAAAGAGCAACGGCAUCCGAGGGCUGAGAGGGCUGAUGUAA